AUCAUUAUUUAACAUUGUAAAGUACGCAAAAUACUUCGGAUCCGUUGGCCGGACACUGUUAGCAACAACCAACUGUGGGAAAUAACAAACCAGAUCCCAGCGGAGGAAGAAAUUAGGAAGAAGCACUGGAAGUGGAUAGGACACACAUUGAGGAAAGCACUCAACUGCGUCACAAGACAAGCCCUCACACGGAAUACUCGAGGCCAAAGGAAAAUAGGAAGACCAAAAAACACAUUACGCCCGGAAAUGGAGAUAGACAUAAGAAAAAUGAACAAGAAUUGGAUGGAACUAGAAAAGAAGGCCCAGGACAGAGUGGGUUGGAGAAUGCUGGUUGGCGGCCUAUGCUCCAUUAGGAGUAACAGGUAAAGAUAUCAUCACUCUGGUCAACUGACAAGGUAGCUUUUCACUAUCUCUUUAAUGGAAAUACAUAUUACUUGUGACUUUCUUUUUUUUGUUCAUAAUUAGAACGUCUUAUUUUGUUAACCUUGAAAAAUUUAGAAUUUCAAAAACUGAAAACAAGAGAUUAUGCAAAACUACGUGGAUUCAUUUCAAGUUUAGCUGUCAAAGGAUCUCCAUAUCGAUUAUUUAGUCGAGGUAAGUUUUUGUUCUAGAAGAUAAGAACCUUACCAUAAGUUAUUCAAUUUUUGAUUAGUUAUAACCUUACGACAAUUAAUAUACAUAUAGGGUGAUUUUAUACAAACUAUAUUACUUUCUGUGGUAAAGGUCAUGAGUCAGUUGAAGCUAGACCACCAUGGAAAACCUUGGAGCACUGGACGGCCGUUUCUUCCUAUGGUGGGACUCUUAAGCAGUGCGCAUCCACGACCUCGCCCCCUUCGAGUGGUUUAGUGGUUAAGUGCUCGCGCGCGAAACCAGUGGAUCCUGGGUUCGAACCUCGAUCAAUCGAACCCCAUUGAAAUUAAUAUAAUAUCCACAAAACCUACCUGAUAUACUACUUUCUAUUAUUUAGUAGCAUAAGUGUUACUACAAAAUUAGUGUAGUCUCGAGUAAUCAUCAUGUAAAAUUAGUAGCACGAGAGAAAGAAGAUCUAGUUCUAUGUGACGAUAUUGUCUAGUUAGAUAGUGAUGGAUUCUUGAUUAAAACGCAAUCAAAAAAUUAUACUUAUUUAUAUCAUCAGUUGAUUGACCAGUGUCAUUUUUUUCUCGUCAUUUAGUUACGACAAAAAUCUAUCGAGCAAAUUAAGAUGUUCCUUUAAGUUUAACGUGGUGUGGACUAUGCUUUGCUACUAACUGGUCGAAGUUAGUUACAAAGUGUAAUAGAUAGAUUCGAAUCCCAAAUGUCCAUGUUGAUCGAAGGUACACAUUGCGGAUAAAUAACGACUGGUACGAAACAUAAGUUAACAUCAUACCGACUACCUUUCAGUGUAUAACAUGUAUGUGAUCAUUACAUGUGGAUAACUCAACAUGGACAAAGUACCGUCAUAUUAUGAAGUUUAUUUCGGCAGACGUUUUUCAGUUAUAAAUAAAAUUUUGAUUGAAUCAAACUGAUCACUGUUUAGUAAAUAAAAUUUAUUAUGAACAAAAUAUCUCAAAUGAAUAAUAUUAAAUACUAAGUCAUAUUAUGCCCUCAAAUGACCUCGUACGGUCGAGGAUGGAUAGAGUUCACUCUCCAGAUGCUCUCACAUGGCCACGCGUAUAUAAACACUUCCAUGGACGUCCGAAUCACUCCCUUCUCACAGCACCGGUGUUGUUUACGAAAUUGAGAGGACAAAAAGUGAAUAUCCGGUGCUUUAACCGGGUUGUUGGAUACGGAGAGUCCACCUAGGACAGUUGGAAAACGCUGAUUGCAAAUCAACGGUGGGUAUGGGUUCCAGGAUCCUUAUGGAACAAAAGGUGUAUGAACUUGAUGUUGGCCAACGGUUACCAUGAGACUAAAUCUUCAUGAUCAAUUAUCAUAGUCAAUCGUAAAAUAAAUGUUUAUUCAUUCAUUGUCAUAUUUUGUUUGUCUAAAAUAAAUAACUUGAUCGUAUGAUUCCUAAUUUAAAACUGCUUUUUCUUAUCUACUUUUUAUGUAUAAGGAAAUAAACAGUCAUUGAUUACUGAGCCAGAGAAGAAUAAUAUCGAUGUAUACGGCUUAUUAAAAAAACAUUGGACCACACUGUAUUCAGCACAUAGAAUGACGUUGGUUGUGCAAUCGAAAGGUAAUUGUAUACGAGGAGGACAUAUAUAUAUUGUAGAUACGAGAGAAUUUUGUUUAGCAAAGGUAUAUAGUGACUGUUUCAAAAGCACUAAUAAAUAUCAAUAUCUAGUCAAUUAAACAUGAUUGCGAAAAACUAGAUUAGUACUAGAGACUAGACGAUCAUUACUCAGUACUCGAAAAUGUCAAACUCGAUGAGGUAGUUUAGUGGAAAUGGAUCUGACUGUAACAUGUAAGGACUCUUAUUUAGAUCAAAUGAUGAAUAGCAGUUUACUUUACAUGACAGCUAACUUGUUUAUCUAGGGCUUCCAAACACCCGUCCUCCAUCAUCUUAGUAGAAUAUUCAGGGGUUAGGUCUAAUCAGAUUACAUUCAUUUUAUUUCUAAUCAUAAAUAUUGCAAUACAAAAACACAUCAUAGACUGUAAGUAGACCAAAAAUAGCAAUUUCGAAUUGUUGAGUAAAUGAUUAUGGCCUACAGAAGUUGAACAUAUCAUUUGUUCAAAGAUGAAUCUCAAAGUACAGUUGAUAAGCUGUGCCAUCAUUACUUAAUGGUAGUAAAUUAAUUUUCUCCAAUGCUUUUUUCCCUUCCUGUUAAUAUAACUAUUCAUUUCAAUUUCAAAAGUAAACUUCUAAUUUGUGAGAGUUUUCAUGACAAUCGUUUUCAUUACAAUUUGAACAAAAUUACAAUCAAGUAGUUGUGCAAUGCACAUUCUUAUCCUACGACAAUCAUUCUGUGGUGAUAUUUUGGAAAACAUGUUAACAGAUAAUAUUCACAAACCCGAAGAAUAGAACUAAAAAUAUAUGUUCUAGGGAAGUGUCUAAGCUAUUGUGCAUAAAAUAACCAGGUGUAUUUAUAUAGUUCAUUGAUUGUUGAGCAGUAUUACCAAUGUCAUAUUUGUCUAAUCGUUUAGUACUGACUAAAGUUUAUUAGUCAAACUGCAAUAUAACCAUCGGUCCAAAUAAAUCGACUUCUCAUCCAAUACGUUGAGAAGUUGAGUAGGUGAAUGUAUUCAAAAGGAAGUUAUAUUACACAUAGGUUUCAUGAUAUUUGGUACGCAUCAGCAUGAGGUAUCUGUCAUCUCGAUGAAGAUGAUGUAUCCUGUGGGAUUCGAAUCUAUUCCAUUCAGUUUCACAAUCUGAGAGGAGUGCCAAAUAUCACGAAUCAUUCUUUGAACAAAAUGGAGAGAAUUGUUCGAGAGAACUUUUCGAAUAUACCUGCAAAUCGAUCAGUGAAAAUAGAUUUGACAAGAUAUAGAAACAGUUUUGAUUCACCAGAAUUCUUAAAAUUAUACCAUGUUGAUAGUACUCGAAAUAAGGAACAAUUACGUAUGGUUUGGGCUGUACCAAGUGUUUGUACAUUGUAUGAAUCAAAUCCAGUUGCUGUGCUUGCAUAUUUUCUAAGUGAUAAACAUCCAUAUGGUCUUGAAAAUUACCUUAAAAAUAAUCAUUUAGCUACAGAAGUAAAAUGUGAAUUUUCUGCAAUGUCCGAUUUUGAUAAUUCAACAAUUUGUGCUUUAAUUACCAUUUGUAUUGAUUUAAAUGGAACACGUCCUGAUCUAUUCAAAAUUACAAAAAUUGUUUAUGAAUAUUUACGAUUUUUAUCGAAUAAAGCAAAUGAUGCAUGUAUAAAUAAAAACUCUGAAGAAUACAUUCAUAAUACUACUACCAAUAAUAAUAGUAGUAAUAAUACUGCUAAUAUUAAAUCAACAUUUGAUUCAUGUGUAAGAGAUUUUCAAUUAACUCAAAAAGAAACAUUUCAAUGUCGUACAAUAUUUGGACCACAAGAAACUGUUAUAUGGAUUGCUACAAUGUUACAUCAUACAUUACCACAAGAUGUACAUUCAGCAUAUUUAAUUAUAAAGACACUUGAUAUUCAGGUGUAUUCAGAACUAUUGGAUACUUUAUCAAAACAACAAGCUUGUUUAAUUCACAGUUUCAAGUUAAAUCCUACGAUACAUAGAAAUAUUCAUGUUGAAAAAUGGUACAAUUUACAAUAUACACAAGAAGAAGUGUCCACUAAACAAAUAGGCUGUUUGAAUAAUCUACAUGGAACAAUUCCAUUCUCACUUCCAUUAAAAGUUAAUGGAAAUGUGCAUGAAUAUUUGACUUUAUCAUCAGAAAAUGAUAUACAAACACCUAUAAAUCUAACGACAGAAUUUAAAGGAACUGUCUUUGAAGAUUAUGGAUCCCUAUGGUACCAACAGCUGAAUAAUCAACUUAAAAAUGAAGCUUACAUUUAUGUGCAAAUUUCAACGGGAAUGGAACUCAACUACCCUUUAAAAGCAUGUUUAUCUCGCUUAUUACAGUUAAGCAUCAAACUUCGAUCCUCCAAUUGUAAAUUAUUAACAAUGGAAUCUAGAAUGAAAAGUUCAGUGAAUACAAAUGUAAAUGGACCGGAAUUUAUUAUUAAAGGACCAUCUGAAAAAAUUUCGUAUUACUAUAAAGAAUUUUUAAAGAGUGUAAUUGAUGAUAUAACUAAAGAACAUUUUAUACAAUGUAAAACAUUAUUAAUUGAAGAAUUAAAUAAUCAAUUAUCUGAUCCAAAUUUAGUUGCUAAUAAUAUAAAUUCAUGUUUAUGGUAUCCAAAUGAAUAUAUUGCCAGUAGUUUAUUAAAUUCAUUAGAAUACAUUACAAUAGCUGACUUAAUGGCAUUUCAAACUAAAUAUUUUUAUCAAAUGGAAAUUAUCAUGUAUAUUGUUGGUGAUGUAACAUGUAAUCUGGCAAAGGAUUUAUUUACCUACACAAUAGGAUUUUUCAAGUGUCACCCAAAACCUAAAGAGAUUCAACACAUCGAGUAUAUAUCAAUUCAACCAGGCAUUUAUUAUCAUUCUGUACCGAAUAUAUCAAAUAAUGAAAAGUUUCAUCAACUUAUUCAAUUUGACCGAAUUGAAAAAGCUUCAUCAGUAGAUGAAUUUUAUUGUCAAAUAAUAACGGAAUUAUUGAAAUCACAUGCAAAGCAAUACUUUCAACAUUAUGAAUCAGUGAAUGGUCCAAUUUCAUUAGAUUUCUAUAAGUUUGCAUUGAAUUCAUCUAAUCUAACAAUUGGAACACGUUUAUCUCUUAAUAGUCAAUUAAAUAAACAUGAUGGAGAUUAUCUGAUAAAUUGUAUUCAAGUAUUUUGGAAUGAAAUUGCACCACGUGUUAUUGCUUGUGUUGAUAAUAAUAAUCUUGAACAAAUUUGCAAUACAAUCAUAUCAAGUGAAUUAGUCAAAAAUAAUAAUCUCGAAUUAAUAUCUCAAUUUUACUGGGAUAAAAUUAAAACAAAUUUGUUAGAUGGAGGACUCAGUAGAAAGAAUAUGUUAAAAAGAGAAAUGAACCGAGAGAAAUUACUAGAAUAUUUCCAUAAAACCUAUUUAAAUCCUAUGAAGAAAACUACCAUAUUUAUUGACUUUAGGAAUAUAGAAUCUAAUGAAUUCAUCAAAUCAAUGAAUAUUACUAAAAUAAACGGAACAAAUUUUAAUCCCAACUUAAAUUCUUAUUUAAAAGAUGAAGAUCUUAUGAAUACAUCUAAUGAAUUUUCUAGACAAACAUCAAAUGAUUUAAGAACAAUACAAAGGAUUAAAACAAUAAAACGAAUUGAAUCAUUCCGAACGGAGUUUAAUAAUUAGGCUAAUCAUCAUUUACAUAAAUGUAAUAAACAAACUAUUCAUAACCAUUGAUCAAUUGAACUGGGUUCUUUUUCUCCAUUGUUAAAUUAUUUCUUUUCAUUUAAAUGAACAAAUGGAAUUUGUCAAUUUUCAUUAUUUAUUAUUGACAGUUGAACAAAAUGACUUUUUUUGCAUGCGCCCGCGCGCGUGCGUACGUACGUACCUGUGUGUAUGUGUGUGUGUAAUUUUUACCUAUAAUUUUAAAUGAGAACAAUAAUUAUAGCUUUACAUU